CCAGGUUGACGUCAGAUGUUGUUGCAUCGCUAGCUAGAGAGCUAACACGGCAUGCACAGCCAACGAUUAAUGAAUACAUUAGUCGUUAUAGGACUUUAACCGUGCAUAGUCUGGUAAGAGGAUCAUCCACUGAGGAAGAGUUACUGGAUUGAAAGUCAGUGAUUUGAAAAUGCAUCAGUGCCCCAUUUGUCCGAAGUCUUUCCCAUCGCCGUAUAAACUUCAGAGACAUCAUGUUAUCCAUACAGGCCAGAAACCCUUCACCUGUAAAAUCUGUGGAAAAGCCUUCACGCAGUCUGAGCAUUUAAAAACACACUUGGAGAAAGUCCACCACUCACGGCUUCCAAGGGGCAGUCUGCUGGAUGGCAUUUUAACAAAUAACCAACAACCAAACUGUGUUGAACAAGUUGCAGGGGUGAGCAAUCAUGGCAGUGGGGAUUAUUCUAUGAUGCCAUCAGCUGUGGCUUCCUCUGUGGCUUCCCAACCAGGACGUAAAAGGGGAGCUGUAACAUGCAAAUCUUUUCUUCCUUUGUCUGAGACUGGAAAUACCCCAAAAAAUAUGCCACAUAUGAAUGAUGGCCGGGCGACCCAGAGCAAUAUCUCAUAUGAUAUGGAUCCAGUACACCAAGAUGAAGUUGAUUCUGCAAAUGUGGACAAAUCUGUACGUACUUCCCACAAUGGAUACACCUGCAAAGUCUGUUUGAAGACAUUCAGUUCAUCUCUUCAGCUUUGGAUUCACUUACCAACUCACAACAAACCAAAACCAUUUAAGAAGGGCCAAACUUUUUCUAAGAUGGCCCAUUCAAAGGUGCAUUUGCAGUCACAAGAAUUGAGCUGCAGUAGCAAAAUGGCUCAGAAACACCAGUGUCCUAAAUGCCUUAAAACCUUUUGUUCACCAUCCAAAUUACAACGACAUUUUCUUAUUCAUACGGGUCAGAAACCGUACUCAUGUACAAUCUGCAGGAAAGCCUUUAGACAAAAGGCUCACUUGAAAUCUCAUUUAAGCAAAUCACAUAAAUGUUCCCUUUCUUCAGUCAAUGCAAGGAAAAGACAGAGGCUUUGUAAUGACAGUCAACCUCCAGUUCUGCAGCCUCAGUCAUCACUUCAACGAUCCACCAGUCAUAACACUCCUGUGAAAUCAUCAGUGGAACUUGAGCUGCAGUGUAAAAUUAGUUUAAAUACUGUGCAGGACUUGAACAAGACUGAAAUCAAGUUGGAUGCAGUCGUAAAACCAGAACAACCAUUAAAUACUACCAGUCGGUGUGAGGGUGUUUGCUCUAAGUCAGGCGAACAAGAGCCACAAUACUUGACAAAAAAAGAUGUGAAGCCAUUUCAGUGUAUGUUCUGCACCAGGUCAUUUUGGUUGGAAAUUAAUUUGAUACGUCAUCAUAGAAUUCAUAGGAACCAAAAACAAUUGGGAAGUGCUAUUCCUGUGCAAAACAGUAAUAAUGUGAAAAUGUGCGAUUCUGAAGCAAUAAAACAUUUACCUGAACCUAGUCAUACAGACCCCACUGACAUGAACAUCAGUGUUAAUCCAGAAAAAUGGGGUGAAAAUUGCAGUGACUCUUUUCCUCAGGAGCCUGCAUUAAUUGCAUCAGCAGGACAGCAUAGGGAAAGCCGCCAUGCCACCAGCAAGCCUCAGCGAAUUAGUACUUUACAUCAGUGCCAUACAUGUUCAAAAUGUUUUCCAUCUAGAUCAAAACUUCGGAGGCAUGUGAUGACUCAUACUGGACAAAGGCCCUUUGGCUGUGAGAUUUGUGGUAAGAGAUUUCGGCAAAAAACUCACUUGAGGGUCCAUUCUCGCAUUCACCUAUGGUCCAGAUAUCAGAAACAGAGAUCGCUGUACAUCAAUCGGCCGCCUUCGCGCAUAGGUGGGUUUAACACAAGGACUGCACCAGACCUCCUGAUCCAAAAAAUGUUAGUAGAUAAAGAGGAUGUUGAGACACUCGUUGGUAGUGAUGUAAUGUCUGUGAAACAACUGGAUCAGACCCCUUCCUUAGUAACAGUUCAGAAUAAAGCCAGGCAAGAAUCUGAGAACAAAUUGUUGCCACGUACCUCCAAGAAAAAUGAAGUUUUGCACUCAAAGGUUUCUGAAGUGAAUGUGAAAAGGACAUAUGCUGCUAAAUCAACACAAAAUCCAGGCAACAUACGCCACAAAUGCUCCCAGUGUUUAAAGUGUUUUCCAAGUGCCUCCAAAUUACAAAGGCAUGAGAUGAUACACACAGACUUGAAACCAUUUCAGUGUCCUAUGUGUGGGAAAGCUUUUAGACAAGCCCCACAUCUGAAAACCCAUGAAAAGAGACACUGCAAGAGGAAACCAUCCAAACCAGUCAAUCAACAGGUGAACAUCAGAAACCUGAAAACAAAUAGUCAACAGCAGCUUUACCCAAGGAUCACUGUUCGUAUCCCACCACAGAAAAAGUUUGUGAACACAAACACUACGCAUUCAGUCUUUGAUGGUGCUGUAAGUGAAGGAGAAAGUGCACUGCUCUGUACCAGGCGUGAAAUACCUGUCUCAAAAGUGAGCCGUCUUUUUAAGACAAACACUAAAAGUAAUACUUGUAGAAAAAAGACACUUAACAUGUGCAGAAUAUGCGGUAAGAACUUUGCUUCUCCAUGCAAGCUCUCAAGGCACUUGGUCACUCACUCUGGGAUAAGGCCAUUUGAAUGCAUUUUGUGCAGCAAAACUUUCACACAGCGUGGUCAUCUAAAAGUUCAUGAGCACAGAUGCAGACAGGGAUAACAGGAUCUCAGGUCUCCAGGAUAAAUGCAUGGAAAACCUUGCUGAUUGUACAGAUUUUAAUUUGGAUGCAACAAGAGAGCAGACAGAGGUACAUCACACUAGUGAUGGUCAUUGCUCAUUUACUGAUGGAGAUUUGUCUUAUUGCACAGAGGCAAUACACACUGAGUGGCUGGCAGUACCAGAAGUAGACUUACAAGAGGAGAAUAAUGAAUCAGAGAAAAAACAGAGAGAAAACCACAGUCAAGCUACAGACAGUCAUGAUCAGACUUAUAGUUAUUCAUUUCCCUCUGAGCUUGCCUUUGAAAUAAAUAAGCUUGUCCAAAAUCAAAACAUGGCAACUCCAUGUUUGUCACAUCAGUAUGAGGGUAAUGCACAUGAUGUAGAAAUACCAUGUCAGCAGUUGUCAGGAGUUACAGCUAUUUCAGAUAGCAACAAACCAGACAGUGAUGACCUUGUUAGUUCUGUGGAUGAGAAUCAAAUCCAGGCAGAUUUUCCAGACUAUUACUGGUGUGAACCGGUGACUGUGUUUGAAUGUGACAAGUGCACUGCAAAUUUUCAGAAUGAAAAUGAUCUUAAGCAACAUCUUUGUUCGACUGAUGUUCAGCUUAAGAUGACAGAGUCAGUCCAGAAGAAUCGUUGUGACAUUUGCCUCAAAGAAUUUGUCUCUCCCUCUAAACUGAGUAGGCAUUAUCUUAUCCACACAGGUCAGAGGCCAUUCAGGUGUGAUGUUUGUGGCAAAACUUUCAGACAGUCAGUA